CCUCGGGGGAGCGUUCACACCAUACUCGUCAAGCUUGGCACAAUUUGCUUCCGACCCGGCAAAUGCUCAAGCUCUACAGGGCUAUCAACAGGUGAUGGCCAUGAUGCAACAGGCAGGGGGCUUCAUGCCAUUUGCCUAUCCUGGCAUGAUGCCACCGAUCAUGAGUCCAAUGGUACCCCCGGUAUCAACUCCGUCGACGUUCGUCCCCAGGAUGAUCCCUUUACGCCCGGUGAAUUUGACGGGGACCAUGAACGAAGCGGCACCCUCAAAUGUCCAUGAAGUUGAUGAGGCGGAGCAAGAGGUAGCCCGCAGAAAGAAGGGUAAGGCUAUAGCCAAGCCUAGUAAGACCCGGGAUUCAGCUUUCAAACGCCUGGGGGACAAAGAGGACGGACCUCGCAAGUCUGCCAAGCUACGUCUUGGUCCUGAGAUGGGCCGGACUAGCGCAAUGGAAAGACUUGGCGGGAGUCGUCCCGCCCAAUCACGUCGUUCUAGGGAAUCUGAGAUGAUUCACCUAGACGAGGAGGAAGCAGAAAGCCAGCCCAGAGCGUCGUCAUAUACCAGGCUCUCAUAUGAUGAGGAUGACCUAAACAAGAUAGGGAGCGUAUCGAGGAAGCUACGUGCCCUGGAGGAAAAGGUAGAAGAGAAGGCAGGAGCAAAGAAGCAUACCCUGGCCAAAUCACCCUUUUCGGCCAGGGUACAUGCACAAAAGUUGAGGCGAAAGGUCAAGCUGGACGUGGAGAAAUUCACUGGAAAGGAGGAUCCAAACGUCCACCUUGACACCUUCCAUAAUGCUGCACAAAUGGCCGGGUGUACUGAUGCUGAAGAAUGCCUACUCUUCUUCUCAUCUUUGAGAGGGAGACCAGUGGAAUGGUUUAAUGGCCUUCCUCAUGGUAAGAUCGGGUCCUUUGAGAAACCUGCUGAAGUUUUUCGCAAGAAGUACCAGGACAACUGUAUCAAACGGAAGAAGUUCACCUACCUUAACACGGGUGUUACAAAGAUGGACGACAAGACGGCCAUGUCUUUGCUGAUGAAUGCCUUUCGGUCGGGUGACCUCUACACUGAAUUUUGUAGGAGGCCACCCUCCUCUUAUCAGGAAGCCUACAAUACGGGAUGGGAGUAUGCCGAGGCGGAGGUCCUGAACAAGAGCAAGCGGGAACUGGAGGAAGGCUAUACAAGGGUGAAAACCGAUAAGCCGAAGAAGGAUGACCAGAUGGGAGGGUCCAAGCCAAGGGCUACAUAUGACGGGACAGUCCAUCAAAUCAGGGAUGAGAAGAAGGGAGAACAACCCAAGAGGCCUUGGACGGAGAAGUGGUGUACCUACCACCAAUCUGACUCCCACAAUACGGCAGAUUGUCGAAAUGUCAAGGCUGUGCUCAAGGAGAUGGCCUUGAAGGGAGAGCUAGGGGAAGGUUAUGCGACGGGACAUAAGAAGGACCCGAAAGCAAACACCUGGACCUGUCCUCAGGAGAAAGAUCAAGGAAGGAGAAGAGGUAAGGAUAACAACAAGCCGGAUAAAGAGUUCAUCGAGAUGAUUGUUGGCGGCCCGGGAGGCGGGGAUACUGCCUCCCAGCGAAACAACUGGGCCAGGAGUCUACAUGUGUCAGUGGUUUCCUUGGAACCACAGGGGAAGCAAAAGAGGAGAGAACCUAUCACUUUCACUGAUAGGGAUCUGCCCAGGACGGGGGGAGAUCACAAUGACCCUUUGGUCAUUACAAUGGAUAUCUACGGAGCUGAUGUGGCCAGGGUCCUGGUUGACACAGGAAGUAGUGUCAAUGUUUUGUACUUGGAUGCUUUUAAGAAAUUAAAACUUGACAGGUCCAUGUUAAGGCCAUUGCAAACUCCGUUAUCAGGCUUCACUGGAGCUAGCAUAGAAGCGGAAGGUCAGAUCACCUUACCAGUUACCUUGGGGGCCAUUAUUUCAAUGGCACACUUGUGUAUGAAAUUCUAUACUCCCAAUGGGAUCGGGGAGGAAAGAGGUGACCAGAAGAAUGCACGGUCUUGUUAUCUAGAAGCGGUGAAGAAGAUGACCCGCCAAUUCGAGCAAAUUGAAUUGGUCUCCCAACAGGUGGACAAGGGUGAGGAGAAAGCUAGGAUCGAGCCGGAUGCAAACACGGAGGAGAUCCAGAUUGAUACCUUCAAUCCCGAGAGGAAGGUCAAAACCAGGGCUGAUCUUCAAGGAGAGCAAAGGACUGAGAUUGUCCAGGUGCUGAACAGGUAUAAAUCAUUAUUUGCCUGGAGUGUUGCUGAUAUGCUCGGAAUUGACCAGUCAGUCAUUUGCCAUCGUCUCUCCAUUCUUGAGGGGUUUAGGCCUGUAAGACAGAAGAAGAGAUUCUUGGAAAGUGAACAGAGGGAUUUUGUGAAGAAGGAGGUCAAGGACCUACUUGAGAUGGAGCUUCCGGACCGAAAGGUUACGGAGGAGGGGUGGUAUUCACAACUCCGGAAGGCUUCAAGGAUCAAGUCCGAUUCAAGCUUGGUGGUAGGCCAUAUCAAUGGCAACAUGGAGGCCAAAGGAGAAAAAAUGCAGAGGUAUAGGGACUUGGAAAGGGCACUACUGAAGGACUUGACCAAGUAUGUGAUGGAGCAAAUUCCAAGGGGGGAGAUUACUGAUGCUGACUUGCUAUCAAAAUUAACUCAAGCAGCCCCGGAACAUGUGUCUAAACUGGCCAGGAUCGAAACAUUGGAGAAGGCCAGCAUUGAAGGGCUCUCUGUUAGCCUGAUAGAGGACGAUGGACAGCCCAAUUCGGAUCAAGUGGAGCCAGAUGAUGUUUGGAUGGAUGAUUUCGUUCGGUACUACAUGACGGGCAAUUUCCUGAAGAUGAGGACAGGGGCAGAGGCGGAAAGAGUGAUCGCCGAGGUUCAUGAGGGUGUAUACGCAGCCCACCAAAUGUCCAGGACACUCGCGCAAAGGAUCAUUUUGCUAGGUUAUUUCUGGCCUACAAUGAACCAAGAUUGCGAGAAGUAUGUCCAGAGGUGCAAGACUUUCCAAGUGUUCUACAAGUUUCCGGGAAGACCUGCAACAUACUACCACCCAGUUUCCAAUGUUAUUCCAUUCGCAAGGAUUACUCACAACAAGGCUUUAGUGGCCUAUCCGCAAGGGAAUGGCCAGGUGGAAAAUGCAAACCACACAAUAGUCGAUGGCAUCAAGAAGCGGUUGGGUGAGGCUGGAACAAAUUGGUUAGAGGAGUUGCCACAUAUCAUCUGGGCAUACCGGGUCACUUCGAGAAGGGCCACAUGGGAGACACCUUUCGUCCUUACAUACGGGUGUGAGGCCAGACUACCCAUCGAAGCAAAAAUAAUGACCUUCCGGGAGAAGAUCUAUGAGAAGGAAGGGAAGGAAGAGGACCAUAUGGCAGAGUUGAACUUGCUAGAGGAAAGGCGGAUGAUAGCCGAAGCUAGAAUGAUCGAGUAUCAGCAAGCAGCCAAGGCCUACCAUGAUAAUAAGGUAGGGCCUCUGUACUUCCAAGUGGGUGAUGAGGUCCUAAGACGAAGGGAGGCAAGCAAACCAGGCGAUGGUGGAAAACUCGCAAAGAAAUGGGACGGCCCGUAUAGGGUCACAGCAGUACUGCGCCCUGGGACAUACAAGUUAGAAACAAUGGAAGGUCGAGAGUUAGAAAGGUGUUGGAAUUCCCACCACCUUAGAAAAUUCUACCAAUAGGCCGAAUUUGGCAGGGCAUGUAUUUGUAAAACUUCUUCGAUGAUAAAUAAAAGCUUUCUACAACAAUACUUGUGUCGCUGGGUCAGUAAUACUAAAAUAACAUAUCUUGAUGUGAGAGGCAAGGUAAAAAAACCUGAAAAAAGGAGAUAGACCCUU